CCCUCCCCACCCUCCCCAGGACCUGCCAGGACCAGCCACGCUCGUCAGUCGGCCUCUGGACGCGGACGGCAGCGCACGUCCCGCCAAAAAUAAACGCUCGCGAGUUAUGCCAUCGCUGCACCCGCGCACUCACGUAUAGUGGUGAUUGUGACCGCCUGACCACUCGAGAUUUGUUUAGAAAACCGUAGACGUCUCCACCACGAUGCCUCUGCAACUGCGGUCGAACAAAUGCGUCGGGUUCCUCCGGCAGAACCUGCUCACCAUGCUGACCAUCAUCGGCGUGGUGGCGGGCACCAUGCUGGGCUGGUCCCUCCGAGCCUCGGGCGUGGAGUGGUCCCGGCGUGACGUCAUGUACUUCCAGUACCCUGGAGAACUGUUUCUGAGGAUGCUCAAGUCGCUGAUUGUACCGCUGUUGGUGUCGUCGAUUGUGUCGGCUAUAGGUUCGCUGGAUCUGAGCCUGUCGGGCAAAGUGGGUCUCCGCGCGAUAGUCUACUAUAUGACGACCACAGUCUGUGCGGUCAUCCUCGGCAUAGCCCUGGUCACCACCAUCCGGCCCGGCAAGGAGACCGCCUGGUCACAGCCCACGCCCACCAAGCUCAUUAAGAAGGAUACCUUGACGUCGGAUACGCUGCUGGAUCUCAUCAGAAACCUGUUUCCAGAAAACCUCGUGCAAGCGACGAUCGCCACCUACCGAACAAGACUGGUCUACGACCAAAAUGACACACUUGCCAUUAAAGGUCACCUGGACACGUACAAGAUAGCCGGCGACUACCAGAGCGGCAGCAACGUGCUGGGGCUGGUGGCGUUCAGCGUAGUGCUGGGCAUCACGCUCGGCAAGAUGGGCGAGCGCAGCCGCCCGCUGCAGGACUUCUUCCACACGCUGUCCGAGGCCAUGAUGAUCAUCACUGGCUGGGUCAUCUGGCUAUCACCUCUGGGAGUCUUCUUCCUGGUGACAGCAAAGAUCAUGGAGAUCGAGUCAUUCGCGGACCUGGUGGGUCGUCUCGGCAUGUACUUCCUCACGGUGCUCCUGGGUCUGUUCCUGCACGGCUUCGGGACUCUCAGCAUCCUCUUCAUACUGGCCACGAAGAAGCUCCCGUGCAGAUAUAUUGCGAAGAUGGGUCAGGUCAUGGCGACGGCGUUUGGAACCGCUUCCAGCUCAGCAACGAUGCCGAUCACGAUAGGCUGCUGCGACGAGAUGGGUCUGGACCCGCGCAUCACCCGCUUCGUGAUCCCCAUCGGCGCCACCAUCAACAUGGACGGCACGGCGCUGUACGAGGCGGUUGCCGCACUGUUUAUCGCGCAGCUGAGGAAUGUUGAGAUGUCGUUCGGGAAGAUUGUUGCUGUCAGCGUGACAGCGACCGCGGCUAGUAUCGGCGCGGCCGGCAUCCCGCAGGCCGGCCUGGUCACCAUGGUGAUGGUGCUUGACACCGUCAACCUGCCCGCCGAGGACGUCUCCAUCAUCCUUGCUGUUGACUGGCUUCUCGACCGAUUCCGCACAACAAUCAACGUGGUAUGCGACGCGCUCGGAGCCAUCAUCGUGUCGUCUCUGUCGCAAGGAGACAUCGACAAGUCGCGGGCGCAGAACCAAACGGACCGAGAAUUGGCCCCCGCGCACGAACUCACCGAGCUAGAGAAGGGCGAACACUGAACGAAAACUACUUUAAAAUAAUAAGUUAUAAAUAACGGUACCGACAACACGUUAUAAAUAACGAUUACGAAAACGCGUUAUAAAUUACGAUUACAAAAACACGUUAUAAAUAACGGUUCCAACAACGCGUUAGAAAUAACUGUUCUGUGUUCAACGAUAGCGUUAUUUUAGUGAAAGACAAUAAUGCUAGUUAGUUCAGUGUGUAUUACGUUGUGAUGUAAAAAAUGUUGUUCUGUUGUAGUAGGCGUAUAUUUUUGUUUAGAAAAGAGUUUAUUAUUCUUGCGUAGCAAAGAUUUUGUCUCUGAGAGAAUUGUUUUGGAUGAAUUUAAUUGAAAUGAUAUUAUUAUAAUUUUAAAAAUAUGUAAGUAUAUUUAUUGUUGAGUUGACUCUAGAUUUACUAAUAUGUCAAAAAUACGUAAAUAAUUGUGUCUUAACUAAAUACCUUUAAAAUCUGGUGUAAGCAUUUGAGAAUUAUUUAAUUGUGUAUCUGUAAUCGAUUUUGAAUUUUGAAAGCAUGUAUGUAGAUAUUGUUAAUACUUAGAUAGAGCUUAUAAUAUUUCGAUGUGUUCUAACUGUGCCAUUAAUGUAAGAUUGAAAGUGCGCCUAAUUUGCACGACCUUAGGUACUUUUAAUCUCUUUCGCGAUUUCUUAAUCGUUAAAAUAUUAACCGACUUCGAAUCGUGAAACUGAUUUUGAGCAUCACACUAAAGAGAAGUCAAUCAUCGUUGCCGUACCUUAAUAAUAUCUUCGUAUUAAUACUUUUAUUGCAUAUCUGAACCAUAUCUUCUACAAAAUUAAACUUAGGGUAUCUUUGAACUUUUUCAAUGCCUAGAAUAGAAGAAUGGCCUAAAAUAAAAAUAAAUUACUUACUCUUUUCAAAUUUCUCGUCAUGUAAGAAAAAGCACAAAAAGGUCAUUUUCAUAUACAACAUUUUGAAAAGUAUCAUAUUUUUCUAUAUUGCCUUGUACCAAAGAUAGUAAUUUUAUUUAAGAAUCUUUCGAAGUAUUUUAAAAUGUGAAGGUUUUUGUAAAUUUUCUAGAUUUCCAUAUUUUUAAAACACGUAAACAAAUAUCGUAAUUUGUUCGAUAAAUUGACGGUAUCUAUCUACACUGUGAAAGUAUUUAUAACUUAUAAAAUAGUUUGGAUAAAUAGAUACUUCUCGUAUGUUAAAUACUUACUCCCAAAACAGUACUCAUUGCAUUCCAUUUUAUUAUAAACUGUAUAUGUUUUAGUUAAAAUUUAUUUUUUACACAAAAAAUGAAUUUAUACAGUAAUGAAAAUUAAAAAUUCCUUAAAAAUUGGUUUGUUUAUAAAAAAAGCCGUAAAACAUAAAUAAACUUCUGUUGAUGUAAUUAAGUAAAUAUAAUUAUAGGUAUUGUUUAUGACUUAAUAUAAAAAUAGUAUGAUAAAAAGACAUAGCUAAAAACCCUCUAGCGCUAAGCUCAGUGUGUACUGUCAUGUCAUGUGUUACAUGUGUAUGUUUCGUUUAGGUGUAAAUGUUCGAUGGAUAUUCUAUUGAUUAAAAAUCUCAUAAUGUUAUUGAUGUAAUCAUAUUUAUUUAGGUUUAAUGACUAUAAUAUAGAUCUAGUCCAUUUUAUUUUUAAAUCGAAUCUAAAAAGAAAUGUUGCGGAAUCAAAAUUUAAAUUUUAUGAAUUUUAGAAAAAUCAACUUUUUGCACAACUUAUCAAAAAUAGUGACGUACCAAUGAAAAGUACAAAAUCUAAAUAAUUAUUGAUCAAAAAUUGUUAAUGUAAACGCAGGAUAAGUCUGCAUAAGAUACCUAUAAACUGAAUAAUACAAAGAACAAUAACGUCGUAUCAAAUAUGUUUUUCAGUGUGACCAGUUUAUCUUAUACAGACCUAUUUUGGGUUUAUUUUUUAUCGGAAACUGUUUAAAAUUUCUAUGCCCAUUUUAUUUGUAAUGUUUUGGACGUUAAAUAUAAAUUAUAAUAAAAAACUUAUUG